AUGAUGACCUUUGUACCCAUGAACUCCAACAAUAAUCACGAGGAGAGACGACGGAUAAUCUGCAGUCCCUACGACGAUCCGGUGUGCUCGCCCAACGACACACUGGUGUCUUUAUUGCGUUUAAUUUUCGAGGAGGACCUUGAUGACAGGAAGCCAACCCAGCUCCUUCGGCGCCUGGAGCAGCUAGCUGAGGUUCAACAGCUGGACGGCACUAUGUUCAAACAGCUUUUCCUCCAGCGGCUGCCUUCAUCCAUGCAAGCUAUCCUUGCACCCAACAUUCCUUCUUCGUCAAUUCAAACACUGGCUGAGACAGCCGACCGGAUACUCGAGUACUAUCAGCCACCCGGCUCGGUGAAUGUCUCUUCUCGGGGCGUAACGACGCCUUCUAUCGCAGAUGUCGUCCGACGCCUGGAUGCCCUCACCCUCCAAGUUUCCCAGCUCCGGGCCACUCGUGUCUACAACCUUCGUAGUCCUUCGACUAUUCGUCGCCUAAGAUAUCCCACUCCCAACCAAAUUUCAACUGAUGGUCUCUGUUGGUAUCACCACAAUUAUGGUCAUAAUGCCCGUCAUUGUCAAUCUCCGUGCAGGCACAAGAAGUCGGCAUCGGAAAACUUCGCCGCCGGCCAGUAA